UUGUGCAUUAAAAUUCUACAACAAUUUUAAUCAGUAUUAAAUUUACUUUUUAAGGAUGAUUAACCUCCAGAAUAUCUAUUAAUUCCAGUGAGGAUUACUUAUCCCUGAAAGCGUAACACGAUUUUUAUUUCUUGCUCUCCGAAAUUAAAAGCUCAAAAUGCCAAGAGGAGGAGGUAGACCGCCUAAGAAAAAUUACAAGGGUCGCAGUCGUCAGUUCACAGAUGAAGAGACCCUCAGUCAACAACUAGAAAAAGAAAGAAAAGAAAAAGAAUGGCGGGCUCAGAGAGGUGAGGUUGAUGAUGAUGAAGAGACAGCUGAGGGCGGGGCGGAGGGUGUGGUCAAAGAGAAGGCCGAGGGGGGCAGCGGCUCCGAGAGCGGAUCCUCAGAUUCGGAAUCAGAUGAAGACAAACCUGUGAAAGGUGUUUCUCAUUUGAUAGACAUAGAAAACCCAAAUAGAGCUCUCAAGAAAACUCAGAAACUAAGUACUCUAGAUACUAAUGCUGCUGCUGCUGAAGGACCUCAGUUAAGUAGAAGAGAAAGGGAAGAAAUCGAGAAACAAAAAGCGAAGGAAAGAUACCAGAAAAUGCACACCGAGGGCAAAACCGAUGAAGCUCGUGCUGAUCUAGCCCGCCUUGCUCUCAUACGUAAGCAGAGAGAGGAGGCAGCUAAGAAGCGUGAGGAGGAGCGUGUAGGUAAGCCAUCGUGACUUCAGACAGCAGGUAACUUUGGCUUGACUGUGGGGCAAAGGAAUCUGCAGGCAAGCAGUCUUGAUGAUGUCAUUGUUCAACUUACCAUGAAGAACUUUCUACAGUGUUCUAUAUUUAUAAACUUUCAAACUUUGUGAUCAGUUUUGGAGCAGCUGAUUGGAGCUCAUCAUUUGUGCAGAACUGUAUGAUUGUCAUGUAUAGGGAUCAUUUGUUGGGAUUAAUUCAGAAAUACAUCUCCAAUCCAUCAUGUGUACAUUAAAUGUCUGAGGCCAAGAAAUUUCACAUUUCUGUGCAAUACAACUGCUUUCUUAUUAAUUUGUAAUCAUAUGGCUGGCUACAUAAGGAUUCAACAAUUCAAUUGUAAUACAACCUCGUACCUAUACAUCAAGACUAUUGUUUGAGCAUUUUUUAUGUUCAUACUAGCCAAGGAAUUAGAUUGGUUCACAUCAAGUAUUUAAAAAAUAAAAUAUACAUUUUAAUAACCAAAAAUUGGGCAAUUGUAUGACAAAUAAAGUUAGAUAUUGUGCAUAAUUGAAUAAGAAAUUUUGAAUAUUUCUUCACACAAAAUGUAGUUGAGCACAUAAAAAAAUGAAUUAUUAAAAAUAUUAGUUAC